AUGGCUACUCGCAAACGGACCCGCGGAGAGGAUAGCGAGGAACUCGUAGCUCUACCCAGCGAUGAAAGCGAAGAGGAAGAGGAAUAUGAAGAAUCUGAUUUCGAAGAAGAGGAUGCGGAAGGAGAAUCAAGCUCUGAGGAAGAAUCCGAAGCUUCUGAGAACGAGGCUGAAGGAGAAGAACCCGCACAUAAGAAACGCAGGGUAGCGCCAGAACCCGACGCUGAGCAUGCAGAUGCAAAAACGGCAGAAGUCAAGAACGGUCUGGGAGCCGAAGGCGAAGCUGAUGGCGCAGACGAGGAAGGUGAUGAAGAUGAAGAGGCGGAAGAGGAAGCGGAACAGAAGGAGAACGGUGGACCAGCGCCUGUUACGAAGUCUGCACCGGCGGCAUCCGAGGACUACGCGCCAGCUGAGAAAACUGCUGCUACUACCAAUGGCGCACCUCCUUCUGCUGUGGAGGCAGGAGGUGACUAG